CAACAUAUGUGACACCGACCCCUCCACAUAACCUGAAAGCCCAUAGUUAAAGUUGAUAGUAGUAUAUAAAAAUCCCACAUUCCCAUCGACUGCAUACAGCUUGAGAUCAAUAAUGGCGUUAGAAAAAGUGAAACAAGGGGUGAAAGGAAGCUGGGAAAUGGUGGUAAAAAUAGGAGGUGAAGAUCCAAGAAAAAUAGUCCACGCAAUAAAAGUGGGAGUGGCCAUGGCCGCUGUAUCUCUAAUCUACUACUUUGAUCUCUUUCACGACGGCUACUCUACCGGUAGUGGCCUUUACGCCAUGUGGGCCGUCAACACUGUCGCCGUUGUUUUCGAGUUCUCCAUAGGUCCGGUCCCUCCCUCCCCACAACUCCCCUUAUUUAACACUACAUAUAAUUUUUUCAUUUCAGGAGCUACCAUUGGCAAAGGAGUGAAUAGAACGUUGGCGACGCUGUUGGGAGGCGCAUUAGGAGUUGGGGCACACGGCGCCACCAGCUUUGCCGGGAACACGCCGCCCGAGUCCAUCAUGCUCGCAUUCAUCAUUUUCUUCAUAUCUGGAUUGGCGACGUUUGGUCGAUUUAUUCCAAAGCUGAAGGCGAGAAACGACUAUUUUUUCUUGAUAGUAAUAGUGACGUAUGGAUUGAUAGCGGUGUGCACUUAUCGUGGCGAAAAGCUGAUAGAGAUGGCGGAGAAAAGGAUGUCUACUGUGUUGGUUGGUUAUGCCACCGUACUUGUUUGUUGCUGCAUAUGCCCCUGUUGGGCCGGCCAAGAUCUUCACACUCUCGUUGCUACUAACAUCCACACGCUCGCAAACUUCUUGGAAGGUUUUGAAGGCGAAUAUUUCGGGACAGGCAAUAAAAACCAUGAAAUGGAAGGCUAUAGAGGAGUUAUUGAAUCACAGAGCAUUGAAGAAUCACUGGUGAAUUUUGCAAAAUGGGAGCCUAGGCAUGGCAAAUUCAGAUACUGGCACCCUUGGGAGCACUACCUUAAAAUUGGAAGGCUAACACGAGAAUGCGCGUGCAAGAUCGAUGCACUCAACGGCUGUCUUAACUCGGACAUGAAGACGCCACUAGAGAUUCGAGAAAAGAUGAAGGAGGCAUGUACAGAGAUGAGCCGGGAAUGCAGUGAGGCUUUGGCAGAAUUAGCGGAGGGGAUGAAAGCAAUGACGCGGUCCACGCAUGCUGAUCCGCACGUGAAAAGGGCGGAAGCUGCAGCCAUGAAUCUCAAAUUGGUGCUCCAGACUCCUCUAUGGGGCGAUGCUCAUCUCCUCGAUCUGUGCCCCGCGGCCACCGUGGCUUCCCUGCUCAUGCAAAUUGUUGGUUGCACGGCCAAAAUAGUAGAUUCUGUUCAUGAACUCGCCACCUUGUCCAAAUUCAAGAAUCCAAAUGCAGUUACUGAUGUUGUGCUCAUUAAUGUUCCUCUAGAUAUUAAGUAAAAUAUCAAGGGUCACGCGAAUCUAGUUUGACCCAAAAUGCCAUAUAGUCAAAUUCAAUUGUUUGUCACCAGCUUAAUUUUAAUAAAAAAAAUUCCCGUUUUUUUUGUUAACAAAAA